CAGAUAUGAACAUAGUUUAAUUUGUCAAGAAACGAAACCUAACACUCGGUAUAUAAAACUGUCCACUUCGAUGGUCAUCACGGAGAAAGACCACCAUGGACCGUGUCACUGCAAUCGCUGGAGCAGUAGUUACGGUGGUCGCAGCUCCUGUUGCUCUUGGGGUUGCAGGUUUCACCUCGGCUGGAAUAGCAGCAGGCUCCAUAGCUGCUAAAAUGAUGUCAGCUGCUGCAGUUGCUAACGGAGGAGGAGUGGCUGCAGGCAGUUUAGUGGCUACUUUGCAGGCAGCAGGUGCAGCUGGUCUGUCAGGAACUGCCACUGCAGCUGUGGCCGGCGCUGGAGCAACAGUGGGAUGGAUGGCCAGCUUCAUCCCCAGGAAAUCAAAGAAUGUCUGUGAGAAACUGCCACUGGAGUAUCAGCUGGAGCAUCAGCUAGAGCAAGAGCUGCAGCAUCAGCUAGAGCUGCAGCUGGAGCUGCAGUGGCAGAAGCACUGGGAUUGCUGGCUAGCUUCAUCAGAUGAAAAUGAGGAAAGAACAAUGAGGAGGAGGGCUCUGAGAUGCCCUAUAAUUUCUGAAGAAACCAAACCUAGGCUGUAUAAACCAGCGCAGUUCAGUACGGAGAAGAAUAGCAUGGACCCUAUUACGGCACUCCUCGUUGGAGCAGGAGCAGCAGGUGCGGUGGUCGCAGCUCCUGUUGCCUUGGCCGGUGUAGGUUUCACCUCGGCUGGAAUAGCAGCAGGCUCCUACGCUGCCGGCAUGAUGUCUGCUGCUGCAACUGCUAACGGAGGAGCGGUGGCUGCAGGCGGUUUAGUGGCUACUUUGCAGGCAGCAGCUCAAUACCCUAGAUGGAAAACCUGUGUAAUCUUAGGUGCUGCUGGUCUGUCAGGAACUGCCACUGCAGCUGUGGCCGGCGUUGGAGCAGCAGUUGGAGCAGCAGGCUCCUACGCUGCCAGCAUGAUGUCUGCUGCUGCAGUUCCAAAUGCAGGAGCGGCGGCUGCAGGAGGUGCAGCUGGUCUGUCAGGAGCUGCCACUGCAGCUGUGGCCGGCACUGGAGUAACAGUUGGAGCAGCAGUGGGAUGGAUGGCUAGCUUCAUCAGAAAAUCACGGAAUGUCAGUCAGGAACUAGCACAGGAGCAGCAGCAGCUAGAGUAUCAGCAAGAGCAGCAGUCACAGCAUCAGCUAGAGCAGCAACUGGAGCAGCAGUGGGAGGAGCAGUGGGAGGAACAGCUGGAGGAGCAGCUGGAGCAGAAGCUGGAGCAGAAGCUGGAGCAGCAGUGAAAGGAGCAGUGGGGUGGCUGGCAAACUUUAUCAGAUGAAAAUCAUGAAGGAAAAAGAUUAAUUACAAUUUUUUUUAAAUUACAAAAUAUAUUAAUUGACUUACUAAAAAGCAUAAUUCAUACUUCACAACCUUGAGACCUCCAAAAUCGGCAGUGGGGGGUGGGGGUGCACUCUUCUGCGUCACGUGAAUGCUAGUUUUCAAAUUGGACACAGUAGAGAGAGAGAGCUGUAGUGCUUAUAGGAGUUGGUCAGUGCAAAAAAACAGUAAUGAAGGCAAUGAAAGACACAAAGUUGUGAACAUUUGUCAUAAAUCAAGAGAAUUGUGACCCCGGGAGAGGGCAAUGAAAAACAGGAGUCUCCCAUGAAAAUCAGGAGGGUUGGCAAGUAUGCUUUUUAAUCUCAGACAGCUGAAAUGUCAAUAAAUCUAAAACCUGUGAAA